GUCUGUCAUUUUAAUUAACCUUCCUUUAUAAGUUAUCAUUUCUACCUGCCAAAAUGUCGCUGGGAUUUAUUAAGAAAAAAGUCAACAUCAAGUUUCAUUGGGGUUCAAAAUCUGAUUUUGAAGCACCCAUGGCUGCCAUUAGGAAAAAAUUGGUUAUUGUUGGUGAUGGUGCUUGUGGUAAAACAUGCCUUCUCAUAGUGUUUAGUAAAGACCAAUUUCCUGAAGUGUACGUCCCCACAGUUUUUGAGAACUAUGUGGCAGAUAUAGAAGUAGAUGGAAAACAGGUGGAAUUGGCUUUAUGGGAUACAGCAGGUCAAGAGGAUUAUGAUAGAUUGCGACCGCUCUCUUAUCCUGAUACAGAUGUUAUAUUAAUGUGUUUCUCUAUUGAUAGUCCCGACAGUUUAGAGAACAUUCCAGAAAAGUGGACACCUGAAGUGAAGCAUUUUUGUCCCAAUGUUCCCAUUAUAUUAGUUGGAAACAAAAAAGAUCUGCGCAAUGAUGAAACUACACGUCGGGAAUUGGCCAAGAUGAAACAAGAACCUGUAAGAGCUGAUGAUGGCAAAGCAAUGUCGGAAAAAAUUGGUGCUUUCUCAUAUUUAGAAUGUUCGGCCAAAACUAAAGAGGGGGUUAGAGAGGUGUUUGAAACGGCAACCAAAGCAGCUUUACAAGUUGAAUUGGCUCUUUGGGAUACUGCUGGACAAGAAGAUUAUGAUAGGCUACGACCUUUGUCUUACCCUGACACAGAUGUGAUUCUUAUGUGCUUUUCUAUCGAUAGUCCAGACAGUUUGGAAAAUAUACCGGAGAAGUGGACCCCUGAAGUGAAACACUUUUGUCCCAAUGUUCCUAUCAUUUUGGUCGGCAAUAAGAAAGAUCUACGAAAUGAUGAAAAUACAAAGAGAGAACUUAUGAAGAUGAAGCAAGAACCGGUACGACCUGAAGACGGUCGUGCUAUGGCUGAAAAGAUCAAUGCCUAUAGUUACUUAGAAUGUUCUGCUAAGACCAAAGAUGGUGUGAGGGAAGUGUUUGAAACAGCUACUCGGGCAGCACUUCAAGUAAAGAAGAAGAAGAAAGGAGCCUGUACCAUGUUGUAAUUUGGACUCGCAUCAAUUUUUCUCAUUCUUUCCAACUUUUUCCUCUCCCCCCCCACUUAUGUAUCCCACUUACAACAAAGAAAAGGAAACUUUUUUUUUUCAAAACAUGCUUUUUGUUACAAAAAAAAAGAAAAAAACUUGCUGCUUUCUCCAAUGUUCACAAACUUAGUCCACUUUUUGCAGAUAUCUAAUCUAAAUCUAAUCAAUCUGAUUCACUGAUUUUUUUUGCAAGUCAGUUUGAACGAGAUGAUAAAAAUUAUAAAAAAGAAUAUAUAUAUAUGAAAUUAUAUUUAAAAUGAAUUUAAAAAAAUAAAAAAUGUUUGUAUGGACACGUGGACUACAGAUAGGUAUGUGUGUGCAUGGUUGACUGGUUUGUAUGUCUGUAGAUACAUAAAACGAAAUUGUUCAUGCUGCUAUUGGCAUCAUGCUCAACAGCCUUUUCAAUAUGCAUUCAUGAACCCUUUUUCUUACUCUUAUGCUGGUAUUCAUUCCUGUUUUGCAUAACAUUUUAUUUCAACAUUUUUUUUUUUCAUUUGCCAUUGGUUAUAGUUAAACUGUUUGUAUUAUUAUUAUUAUUAUUAUUAUGCCAGUAUUUUUUUCUUAUCGUAACAAAACGAAAGUAAAUCUGAAUGAAAAAAACAAACAACUUAAUCUCUCCUUGAAGUAUCGGAGAGAUAGUAAACCUGACCAUUGUAGCUAAAUUGUGUGCUGGUAUCUUCCAACAUUAAAGUAUUAUUUUUCUAAGUUAGAAUAUUUUCUGCCGCCUUAUUGCUCAUCUGUAGCUGUCUUCAGGUAUCUGUCAACUGCAGUACUUACUAGAUACAGAGACCAAAAUCAUUAUUUUAAACCACAUACCUGCUUUCCGUCAUAAAUGUAUUUGGAUGAAUGGAUUAAAACUUUUUCUCUAGGUAGCUCUCUGGAAUGGUGUUACCUUUUUGUCAGACAGCUUUAUCUACAUCAUAAAGAAAGUCUUUCAUCUUCAGCUGUCACUUUUUAAUGAUAUGGUGAAUAUAAUUUGGCAGAUUUUUUUCUUAAGACUUAGUUAUUUCACCUUUAUUGAACUAAUAUUAUUAACCGUAAUAAAAUAUCAACUGAUGAAUGGAUUCACUGUUCUUUAUUGUAUAAAGACUGGCUGCUUCUUCAGUGAUAUGACAGGUUUUUAAUUCUUUUAAUUUUGUCUGAUUUUUAUAUCUGACUGGUCCUAAUUUUUUUUUAAUGGAAUAAACUUAUGCCAGAAUUACAAUUCCGCAUAUUAAGUCUUUUUUUUUUUUCCUUUCUAAUAUAAUUAAGACAUUCUCAAAAAAAAAAAAAGCCUUAAAUUGCUUUUUAAUUAUCAGCAAGAAUAAGCGUUGCAGGAACCGAGUUAAGAUGUUCCAAAUAGGUUGUGUUUUUAAAACUGUUCCAAAUAUAUUUUCUUGUUCCUGUGUGCACGUGUACAGAAUUCUUCAUUGACUUUUUUUGAGUAUUAACAAGCAUGUAGUUGAAGAAAAUCUGUAAUAAAGGUUCUUAUUUGAUUAAAAAGUUGUUUUUAAAGUUUGUCUAAUUUUCCUAAUCUGAGUUAAGGACAAUCAACCAACAUUUAUUAGUUCAGCUAAGACUUAAUUAAUAAAAGACUGUUUUCCUAGUUAGAUGAAGCAAAACUGGUUUUAAAAUUCCUUAUUUUGAUACGAUAGGUGGUCUUUCCAACACAUUUGCUUCUUGUAAAAUCUUUGAUGUAUUCCUAAUACCAGUUCCUCAUAUCCAGUUCAAACCAAAUUUCAACUGAAGUAGCAAGGAAGCUUAGAUUUUACGUUUGAAUGGUGUUAAAGAAAGCUUUAUUGAGAUUCUAGCAAGCUUAACUGUAUGAUGUAGCUGUGUUUCUUUAUCUUGCCAUCUAAGUGGUAUGCUUGUACUACUUCAAAGUGGUUCAUUAUAAAAUUUCAAUGAAGUCAGUUGGUAUAAAAUCUAUAACAAUCAUGUCGAAACGCUGUUUCUCCUGAGGCUUAUAUUUUGAAAACUAAUCUGUGAAACAUUUUAUUAAUUGUAGUAAAUUUAUACACUUAAAAUCCUGACAUCCCAUCCCUUCGCGUGGCAAAGUCUAUAGAAUACGGAUUUUUCAAUUAAAUAUAAUCCCUUCCUCACCUUUUUUCCCCCCCUCUUAAAAACAACCUCCAUUUGUACCACGAGUUAAAAAAAUUCUCUUGAAUGACACGUACUAUUAUUAAGGUAGGUGUUUCGCUCCAUCAGAAAUUCUAUGGUACAUGAAGCUAUUGCUGCUGGGUAGAAUUUGGAUGUUGGUGCCUUAAACAGUCUCAACUUUUUUAAUAUUGGUUUAAUGUCACCAUUUAACAAUGUCAGAAACAAAUCUAUCAGUUUAAUUUUUAGAUUAACAUUCUCUUUCAGAGCUUGUGUACAACAUUGAAUCUCCAACUUUUAUUUUAAUUUUCCAGGUUAUUUUUCAAGUUACAAUUGUCACUUUGGCUUUAUCCUUUUCUUCCUUUUCAAAAAUUAAAAAUAUUUUUUUAACUGCAACAUUCAACCAAAACUGAAGGAUAAUUAAACCUUGAUUAUCCUUUCCAGAUUUAUUUUUACUUUCUAUCUUAAUCGUUCUCAUACUAUUUUUUUCUUCCUUUUUUUCCCCCCCUUUAUCCUAGUUUCAUAUUGUAUUCUGAAAUAUCUCUGGAGAAGAAAGAAAAAAAAUAAUUAACGUUUAUUUUUGAAUUUUGUAAAUUUUGUUUUGAGUCUUUCCCAAAGAUGAAUGAAUAAUGUUCUUGCUUUGCCGUUAUUUCCCCACCUUAAAAAAAAAAAAAUUAAAAAUUAUAAUUUUUUUUUUUAAAUAAAAAUAAAACU